AUGAAAAGAAAGUGGAGCCCUUCUCUGGAAACUGGGUCCACACGCCAUGGCUCAUCGGGAAAUAAGUUCGAGGUGUUCUUGAGUUUUCGAGGACCAGAUACUCGCACUAAUUUCACGGAUUUCCUCUAUCAUACCCUGCUUGAUAAGGGUAUCAGUGUUUUCAUAGACAAUCAGGGGAUUGAUGUUGGUGAAGAGAUCGGUCCUGAGAUUUUCCAAGCCAUUGAUGACUCAAAAAUCUGCAUUCCUAUCUUCUCCAAAGAUUACGCCUCCAGCAGUUGGUGCCUACGCGAGCUGGAACACAUGAUGCAGCAUAGCAAAAUCAACAAACUGGAGGUUUUGCCCAUUUUCUAUGGUGUGGAACCGUCUGACGUGAAGCUUGAAACCGGAGUGUAUAAGGAUGCACUAACUUCGCAUAAAAAGGAACGUGGGGUUGAGAUUGUGCAGCGCUGGGAGGAGGCGCUCAAGGAAGUUACUAAAAUCAAGGGAUGGAACACCAAGAAUGAGGGCCACGGAAAACUUGCACGAUUGAUUGCUCAGAAAGUGUUGCUUAAGCUCAAGGAGCCUUAUGUGCAUGUAUCUGAUCAUUUAGUUGGAAUGGACGAAUCAGUGAAUGAAGUAGUACAUUUGCUGAAUGUCGAAUCUAAGGACGUAAGGCUCAUCGGAAUUUGGGGGAUGGGUGGAAUAGGCAAGUCAACUCUUGCCAAGGUUGUUUACCGCAAGCUAUCUGCUAACUUUGAGAGUCAGAGCUUCAUUUCAAAUAUCCGAGAAGCAUCAAAUGGUUCUGGUCUGUUAAAUGUGCAGAGGCAAUUAAUCUCUGAUAUCAUUGGUGACAUAGGAGUUGAAGUUCUGGGGUGA